CUUGACCUUGACCUUCUUUGUUUUGGUUUGGACGAUGAUGAAAAUCCUGUGAAAUAUGGAAAAAGGAAACAACACAAUGGCAUCGUAGUAAGAAACAGAUCAGUGUUUCUCUUUUGCGAAAAAAUUUGCUUCGCAAGGGAGUAUUUAUACUUUGACAUGAGAUAAAAGGAGCAAGCGGAUUUCAGUACGGUCAUAGGGUGAGCAGUACAGUACAAGAUGAGUGAGUUCACCACCAGCUACCAGCCUCUCCCGGCCUCUGGGUAUGAGGAAGACGAAGUGGACACCCCUCACAUGGAGACUGAUGUCUUAAUUCAUGUUGUCCCAGAGGAGAGCAGCAAAUCACGCUGGAAUCAUAUCGAGAAUCUGGAUGAGUUUUUUGCCAGGGUUUAUCAGUAUCAUCAGAGGAAUGGAUUUUUCUGCAUGGUGCUUGAAGAUGUGCUGCAGCUGUUGCAAUUUGUAUUCGUGAUACUUUUCUCAUCAUACCUGAUAGAGUGCGUCAAGUAUGACGUGGUGUUUGAUGAGAUAUAUCGUAACAAUACACACGGUCACCACAAGGUCACCAUAGCAGAGUCUGUUAUACCACUAGACCAGUGUGUUAGUAGUGUUCGGCCAUUUGUAGCCAUAUGUCUCCUGGUGGCAGCAGUGUUUUGGGUCCUGAGGCUUAUCAAGGUGGUCUACAACGUGCUCAAGUAUUGGGAGAUAAGAGCCUUCUACCUGACUGCUCUCAAAAUUUCAGCAGAUGAGCUGCCUAAUCUGACGUGGCAUGAGGUACAGAAGAGGGUGGUAGAAGUCCAGCAAGAACAACAGAUGUGUAUACACAAGAAGGAGCUGACAGAACUAGAUAUUUAUAACAGAAUUCUACGUUUCAAAAACUACCAAGUGGCAAUGGUGAACAAAUCUCUUUUACCCCUGAAAUAUAGGAUUCCUUUUGUAGGAGAUUAUGUUUUCCUCUCUACUGGUCUUAAGUACAAUAUGGAGAUGAUACUAUUCUGGGGGCCAUGGGCUCCAUUUGAGAACUAUUGGCAUUUAAAACAGGACUUCAAAAAUUACCAUAAAAGGAAAGAACUAGCUGACUAUGUUUCCCAAAGAAUCCUCUGGCUAGGCCUUGCCAACCUGAUUCUCUCCCCAUUGAUCUUCCUGUGGCAGAUUCUUUAUUCCUUCUUCAGAUAUGCAGAGAUCAUUAAGAGACAGCCUGGCAGUCUAGGAGCAAGGAGAUGGUCCCUGUAUGGGCGUCUGUACCUGAGGCAUUUCAACGAGCUAGAUCACGAGUUUGAGGCCCGUUUAAAUCGAGGCUACAAACCAGCCGAGGAAUACAUGAAUAUCUUUACUUCCCCUGUAUUAGUUAUUCUUGCCAAGAAUGUGGUGUUCUUUGCUGGUGCUGUGCUGGCCGUGCUGAUCAUCCUGACCCUGAUAGACGAGGACACACUACAAGUAGAGAAUAUUCUGAGGAUGAUGACUAUACUGGGAGCUGUGGUGGCUGUGUGUAGGGCUGUUAUACCUGCUGAGCAUAUGGUGUUCUGUCCGGAGUUUCUGAUGACCCACAUCUUGAAGGAGGUCCAUUAUAUCCCUGACUCCUGGAAAGGCAAUGCUCACACUCACAAAGUCAGACAGGAGUUUGCACAGCUGUUCCAGUACAAGGCUCUUUAUCUCCUGGAGGAGUUAAUCAGCCCCCUGGUGACCCCCCUGAUCCUCUGCUUCUCAAUACGCCACAAGGCUUACGAUAUUGUCGACUUCUACAGAAACUUCACUGUAGAGGUCACUGGUGUCGGUGACGUCUGCUCAUUUGCUCAGAUGGACAUAAGAAAACAUGGCAAUCCCCAGUGGGUAAAAGAAGAACAGACCCAGGCAGACCUGUACCACCAGGCUGAGGAUGGGAAGGCGGAGCUGUCACUCAUGCAUUUUGCUCUCACCAAUCCAGAAUGGAAACCCCCAGAGAACUGCAGUGUGUUUCUGAAUGACAUCAAGGAUCAGGCCGUCAAUGACGCCAACGCAGCAGUAGUGGCCCCUGGGGAUAACGCCCUGUUUACUUCUCUACACACCUUCUCUGCCCUAAGUCCAGGCGUGUACAACAGCAUCAACAUCUCUAGUGUAGUCCCAGGACCAUCCGGGAUGGCAUCGGCUCAUCAUAGCAUGCGCCCCCUGGGGACUGUUCCUGGCCCUAUGAGUCCCCCUGGUGGCAGUCACCUGAGGGGGGCUGGUGUGGCACAUGCUGAGGGCCCACUACAGGGGAGUGGGAAGGGAAUCCUGGCCAGUCUACACAGCUCUGGAGCUCUGUCUGGCAGUGCCACUGGGCUGGGUUCUGGUCCUACCAGUCUGGACACCGGUCACUUCCUGUCCAGUGAAGUCUCUCAAGAGCUGAGCUCUGCUGAAAUGAGUUUCAGCGCCCUCUAUAUACAUGAGCUCCACAGGCGCCGCAGACAGGGGCAACACAGAUUAGAGUAUCUGGACUUUGACGGUCACCCCCAUGUAGAGCUUCAGGAACUGGGCACGAGGUUGACCUUUGACCUUGACCCCAUGCCAGGUCACGGAGGGGUCAGAGGUCGUAUGUCGCAUAUAGUGGAGAGCCCCCAGGAGGAGAAAAGCGAGGAGGAGAUGAGCAACGAAGAUGCUAUCACUUUUGUUUCAUUCGAUGAGAGAGUCACCAAGUCCACGUGA